AUGCCUCCUGCGAAAUCGCGGUCGCUGCCGACCAAAAAACAUGCAUUGACACUUGCCCAACUGGCAUCGUACGAUGACAUCUUAACCGACGCGCUCGUCGACCAUGCUUACUACUGGACAUCAAUUCCAAAAAACCGUCCCUCCUAUCUCCCUUCUCGCGGAGUGAAGGAGGAUGAGAUUACAAAGAUCAUACAGACACAUCUUGCCGUUAACCCGGACAUCCAAAUUGCAGAAGAGAAGCUUCUGGCUACAACUGGACUGGCCAAGUUUUACCGGGCCUUGAAAACGGACAGAGAAAAACAGGACUUUCGAUGCCAUAUGCGCAGGUAUAUGCAAAUUUACUUGCCCGACUGCCCCUACGAAGUAGCAUCAACAAACCGGUAUACCAUUUUCCAGCAGGAGGCCAGUAUAUCCGCCCGCCGGUUCAUCAAAUCGCACGAAACCAUCAAAUACCUAUCGGGUAUUCAGGUUGUUAUCACGCCAGAGGAGGAGGCCCAGCUUUCCGAACGCAAGAAAGAUUUCAGCAUCGUCAUUAGCUCCCGAAAGAAGGAGGUGAACCUAUUCAUGGGCCCAGCUCGUUUUGCGAAUCACGAUUGCGAUGCGAAUGCGCGGCUUGUAACAACUGGUCAGUCUGGCAUCGAGAUCAUCGCGACCAAGCCAAUUGGUGUCGGCGAUGAGAUAACGGUCACCUACGGAGAGAACUAUUUUGGUGAGGACAACUGCGAAUGCCUGUGCAAGACAUGCGAGGGCAGGCUGGUCAACGGCUGGGCACCGGGCGAGGGCACUGCACCUGUCAAGCGAAGCAUCGAAGUUGGUGCUUCCACACCAACUCGUGGCUACUCCUUCCGGAGGAGAGAUGAAAACCCCGCUAACCGCGGCCGUUCCGAAACGCCUUCUCUUACCCCCAUUGCGCGACCGAAAGUUCGCAGGACAAAGCUUCGGAUUUCAGAGCGUGCAGCAGAGUCGACACCUGCAUCCGACAGCGAGCAUACCGGUAAAGAGGCUGCUGUCGCCAGCCGUCGCCGUGGACACAAGAGGGACGCAAACAGCUUGGCCACACCCCCUAUCACCCCAGCCAAGCGGCAAAAUAUUGCUCGGACAGAUGCCGGAAUGGCCUGUCCAGCUGCACUCAGUACGAGUUCAAGGGAAGGAUCGACUACCGACAACAACGACGAUGGCUCCGGUGCUAAAUAUCUUCCGACACGUUCUGCUCCGACACGUUCUGCGGAUUUCGGUUCUAUUGCGCAGAGCAUUGAAGUCGCCCAAGACGGUGUAAAUAGCCUUUGUGCACAUGACCGCAUCCCAACGUCUGACCCACCAGCGCAGCUGCUGGGUUGUAGGUCCAAAGCAUGUGUUCCAAUAUCAGCCAGGGUUUUGUCUCCCUCGGUUGCCGGAACCGAUGAAGUUGCGAUUGUCGAGGAGGAUGACGCUAUGCUUCAGACAAUCGUGGUGGCAUCGAUAAACACCCUUUCCCUUCCCCCGCCAGAAUCGACUGUGGACAGUAGCGAGGAUGAUCGCCUAUCAGCCAGUGCUCCAGACGAGACAACUGCGGACAGCGUUUCAAGUCCUUCAACUGUUAACGAAGAAGAAAGUACGGGAUACGACAAAGAAGCCGCCUCGGCCUCGGUGGAUGCAGAGGACGAGGCCGGUGCACUAACCCAGCCAAGCCGCCGUGUACCUGGAGAUUACACUUUGACUCCACUCCUAUUAUCGGAACCAGAGACUGCGUGGGUGUUCUGCACAGUCUGCUCAAAAGCCUUUGUACAACGGGAUGCAUAUUACACACGUAUGUCCUGCCCAAGAUGUGAACGUCACUCUAAACUUUACGGAUACUUGUGGCCAAAGACAGAGCCAGAGGGGAAGUGGGAUAAAGAGGAACGCAUCCUGGACCACCGAUUGGUACACCGCUUUCUCGACGCGAACGAUGAAGCCAAGGCUCGCGGGAGGAAACGGCCGAUUUGGCAAGCGGAGCCUGCAGAAGACGCGGAACCCAGCCGCAGAAAGCGGUCAUCUAGCACACAGGCAGAAGGCCUUGGAUCGGGAAUCUGGCGGAAGUUGAAGUACAUGAUGCCCAAGGAGGAAACUCCAAGCAGAGUGUCCAAACGAGGGACCGGGGCCGGAUCGGCGAGAGGAUUGAAGAUGGUCCAGUCUGUCGGAGUGGCUACAAAGAAAGCAGACGCUAGUGAUGCUGUUGAUGGAAUGCGCUGUAGUCGGCGUUUUCGCAAGGCCGGCAGUACAGUGUCAGACAUGUGA